AUGAUGAUUUGGGGAUUUGGGCAGGGGAGAUUCCCGACUGAAACAUUGGCAGGCCACCAGAGCCCUUUCCCGCCUCAGCCAUUUCUUGCACCUCAAGGCAUCGUUGAAGAGUCUCUGCAGGAGAUUGCAAGGGCGAUCUUCUUGCCAAACAUGACGCAGACUCUCCCUCAAGCCACGGUGGAGAAGGUGCCGCUCUCUCCGUCUCGCCUUUCCAGGUCCGGCUCUGCUAAGGUCAUGCAGGAGAGCCUCGUGCACGGAAUCCGUACGAAGGCUGCAGCCAUCAGGAAGAGCUUUCAGCGCCCGAAGUUUUGGGUCUUGGGCUUCGGCUGGUGCUUGGCAGCCUGCGCAGGGGCGGCCAACGUGAUUGCCUUCAAGUGCUGGAGUCUUUAUGCAUCGCACGUGACCGGUAGCACAUCGGCCAUAGCCUUCCGACUCGAAGGCUACCAUCAGGGUGAGUAUGGCUCAGAGACAUUGAAGGAAGCAUGCUCGCUGGUCUUCUCCUUCCUUGUCGGAGCAUACACCUGCGGAAUCCUCAUUGACAAGAACCAAGUGCACUUCCUCGGGAAGCUCUGCUUUUUUAAGUUCAUCAGUUUUUUGGUCAACAUGGUCGGGAAAGCCUUCUACGGCCUGGCCCUGGUCCUGAACUCGGCCCUUCUGGUGUCGGCGGCCUUUGUGCCCGGUCGGCUGCUCGCGGCCUCCCUGGUGGCAGCAGCAUGCGGCUUGCAGAACGCGAUGUGCACGUCCCACUUUGGCACUAUCAUCCGCACGACGCACGCCGCCCGGCCUGAGCUUUCGAAGUUUGCCCACUUUGCCCCGCACGAAGCGAACUUAAGAGUCACGGGCACCAUGACCGACAUCGGUUCGACAAUGGGCCGCAUCAGCAUGAUCUACCUCAGGAGAGCUUGCCGCUGCAGGCAGCUGACGGAUGUCGAGCGUGCAGAGAUCGGCGUGGAUGCACGCAAGCUGGGUGUGCUCAGCGGGCUCUGGUCCUUCUACCUGAUUGGCGGCCUCGUCGGGAUCUACAUGGAGAACAUUGUGGCAGGUCCCAAGGCGCUUCUGAUCCCGGCUUCUGUCACUGGCAGUAUGGGCUUGACCUACAUGGCCUGUCGGCAGCUGUUGAAAGACUACAUCAAGAAGCUGGAGAAGGAGCGAUUCUCAGCCGACCUCAAGGAGGCGCAGAGUGCCCUGGCCCACAUGGGAUCUCGCCUGCACGAUCUCGAGAGCGGCGGCCAGAGCGAUCUGGUGGUAGACCUGGACGAAGAGAUGGGCAACAUGAUCGAGGCGCUGCACGAGGUGGAGGCCGACUUUGACAACCUGUACCAGCAGUCGAGCCAUGCCAGCAAGCCCGCCCCGCCGAACCGGCAGUGA